GGGAACCAAGUAACAAAACAAUCGACACGCUAUUGAAAACAACACCGGAAACAAGGAUUCCCGAGUCUAUGAAUUCCGCCGAGCUUCAGCGUGCCGUCGAAGAUCCGCUUACCAGACAGCAGGAGAAUGGCUAUAUAUCCGCGGCAGCAAGUCGCACGAGGUCCUCAGUAGAAGAUGAUAGAGGACCAGAUGCAUCAACAUCCGGUACGACUGCCGCCCGACAAACACGCCCAUGUCGAUGUCACAGGAACCAAAUUUGAAAAUGACCAAUGCAAAGAGCCUCUACUUUCCGAAAAACAAAGUUCCCACAGGGUAACGCCGGCGUGCACUCGGUUGCGCGCGAUCUCGGAAGCACCCCGCGGAAACGUAGUUAUGGGUACAAGUUUAGCUACGGACACGUCCAUGGCCAUGGCCACGGGUAUCGGCCUGGGAACCGUCAUGGGAACCGUCACAGAAAUGGAUACCGCUGCUGCUGCUGCUGCUGCCGCCGACAAAUUGAUAGAACAAAAGUGCGUGGAGGUGCCCAUCUUCGACGAAGGAACCACCGACAGCGGUCGUCUUCCCGACGUUGUUGCCGAGAGUAAAAUUUACGGUGUCAUCGAGGAUGAACCUCUCGAGUCGUACUUGGCAAUUACCAUUCAAGUUUUUAUACCGUUUCUUAUCGCCGGCCUUGGCAUGGUGGGAGCUGGAUUAGUUUUUGAUUCGGUGCAUCACUGGAUCGUAUUCGAGAAAGUGACCGAGCUGAUCAUUCUGGCUCCGGCAUUGUUGGGCUUGAAAGGCAAUUUAGAAAUGACCCUUGCAUCGCGACUUUCUACUCAAGCGAAUCUCGGACAUAUGGACACACGGAAGCAACAAUGCUAUAUGAUCGUUGGAAAUCUCGUUUUAAUUCAGUGCCAGGCGAUAGUGGUUGGAUUUCUGGGCUCUGUGGUGGCGAUCGUAAUGGGAGCGUUUCGAUACGGAACCAUUUCAUUGGAUCACGCUUACCUGUUGUGCGCGAGCAGCCUGGUUACCGCGUCCUUGGCGUCCUUUGUCCUCGGCCUGAUAACUGCAGGAGUAAUCGUUUCUUCGCGGCACUGUCACAUAAAUCCGGACAACGUUGCGACGCCGAUAGCCGCCAGCCUUGGCGAUAUCACUUCCUUGGCUUUGCUCUCCUGGAUCUCGACGAUACUCUACGAGUCGAUCAAUAAACAGGAUUGGCUCGCACCCUUGGUGAUCGCUUGUUACGUUCUUGUCACCCCACUUUGGGUAUGGAUCGCUAAAAAAAACAAAUACACCAACGAUGUCCUUUAUUCCGGAUGGACUCCCGUUAUGAUUGCCAUGUUAAUCAGUUGUUGCGGCGGCCUAAUUUUGGAAUUCAUGGUGUCGCGAUUCAAAAACUUGACUGUCUUUCAACCGGUGAUCAACGGUGUCGGUGGAAAUCUCGUCGCUGUCCAAGCGAGUAGAAUAUCAACGGCCCUUCACAAACAAGCCGAGUUAGGAACACUUCUGAUACCACCGGGUCACACGCACCCCGUCAUCUUUAUUACGCCUAUAGCGAAUUUUUUCGGCAAAGGUAUGCACGCGAGAACUACCAGAGGAAACACUUGGAAAAUAAUAGCUUACGUCGACGAGAAGAAGAAGCGGGAGAAGAAAGAGAAUGAACAGGGAGAGAGAAAAACGGAAGAAACCGAGACGAAGGUGAAGGCCAACCGUCGAACAACAUCCGUUAAACAUUGCUGCAAACAAUGA